AUGAACCAGUCGGACUUCCUGUUCCUGGCGUUCCCGCUCCCCUUGUGGCAGCGCGGGCUCAUCGCCCUCCCACUGGUCCUGGUCUUCUUGCUGGUCCUGGUGGCGAACGGCUGCCUGCUGCUGGUGCUGGUGCGGGUGGAGGCUCUGUGGAGUCCCAUGUACGUCCUGGUGGGGGCGCUGUGCGUGGUGGACCUCCUCUCAGCCACGGUCAUCGUCCCGAGCGCUCUGCUGGUGCUGCUGCAGCCCGCGUACCAUGUGACGCUGGGACAGUGCCUCACACAGAUGUUUCUCACCCACUUCCUGUCGUCGCUGGAGUCCACCGUGCUCCUCGCCAUGGCGCUGGACCGCUACACCGCCAUCUGCCACCCGCUCAAGUACAGAAAGCUGGUGUCCCACUCGUCCUUCCUGGUCCUCUCUCUCUUCACUCUGCUUCGGAGCGGCUCGGUCAUGGCGGUGCUGGUGGCCCUGGCCGGCUCCCUGGACUUCUGCGACAGCCGGGUCAUUGAGCACGUCUACUGCGACCACAUGGCGCUGGUGAGGCUGGCCUGCGGCGACACCAGGCCCAGCCGCGGGGCAGGCGUGGCCGUCAUCGUCUGCUUUGUGGGCCUGGACAUCCCCGUCAUUGUCCUGUCCUACUUCCGGAUCCUGGCCGUGGUCCACAGAGCCCGGGAGGACCGAUGGAAGGCCCUGCACACCUGCGGCACUCACCUCAUGGUUCUGCUGGUCUUCUACCUGGUGGGGACCGUGGCCUUUCUGUCCGACACUCUUCGUCUGGGCCUGAACUCGGACCUGAACGCCGCCAUGGGUCUGAUCUACAUCCUGCUGCCCGCCGCCUUCAACCCGGUGGUGUACGGCGUGCGGACGGUCGAGAUCAGACACGGCUUCGGUCGAGUGUUUGGGCGGAUUCAGGACGUUUGGAGAAAGAAACGUAAAGUCUCUGCUGUCAACGUGUGUCCAUGGACUGACCCCGCCCACUGA